GUUCUUGUCGCUACAGAGCUGUAAACGGCGGACUUAACUUUGUUUAAUACACCGCAUUGAUGCGGCAAAUGUCAAUCGAUAGAAAACAACACCGAUAUUGUGCCAUGUCGACACCAUGACAUCUCGCCGGAUCAGCGACGAUGAGAUAGCCAGAAGACAAUCCAGAUUUGAAACGUUACGGACAGAGUACCAAAUAUGUAAGAGGAAGCUUGACAGUAAGUGUGAGGCACUUCUCAUCCUCAGUAAGGAACUAGCACAAUGUGUCAGCGAACGAGAUCAGUUCAAGUUGAUGGCGGAGCAGCUGCAAGAGCGUUACCAGGCUCUCAAAAAGCAGGUGCUUGGAAAAAUGCCUUCAUCUGACCCUAAUGACAACAACCGAUACCCCCAUGUCAAACACCAGGACCUGGGAUUUGUGUUGAUAGAGACACGGGAACAAAACAAGUCCCUGCAGUUUGAUGUAGAGGACCUAAGACAGAAGCUACAUGAUGCUCAGGGAGACAUUAAGUUGUUGCGAGAACAGAUCGCUCGUCAGCGUGUGGGGACGACAGAUGAGGGAAUGAAUACUCGUCAUUUCCCAGCCCAUGAAAGGGAGAACUUGGUCCAGCAGCUGGAGGCAUCAAGGGAUGAGUUUAUCCAGCUGGAGCGUGAUCUUCAACAGGUCAUAGAUGAGAAGGAAGAGUUGGUGAACGAACGAGACGUCUAUAAAAACAAAUAUGAACGCCUCAACACAGAACUCAACUACAUCCUGAAGGGCGAUGAGAAACGUGUCGUAGACUUAGAUGCUCUCAUCAUGGAAAACAGAUAUCUCCAAGAUCGUCUAAAACAAAUGGAAGAGGAAAAGUCUAUGGCCAUGGCAACAGUGUCAAAGUACAAGAGUUUAUUAGAAAGGAAGAAAACCAGGACAGGAAUGAUGAAGCUCAGUCAAAGUCGUGGAGGUGGACUGGUCAUCUCACAAAAACAAGUGAGCCAGGUACUUGGAGACAACAUGGGAGUGCCCCCUACCGCCCAGGCCAUGGCUGACCUACAGGCACUAGCCGGAGCAUUGCUGGACACAGUCAAUGAUAAGAACAUGGCACUGUCCCACCAACGCAAGACCAACAAAAUUUUGGGAAACAGAGUGUCGGAGUUAGAGAAGAAAAUAAAGACACUGGAGGUAGCAGGGCUAUGGAAUGUUCCAGCCAACAUGCCAAGUCUGGAGCGCCUGAAAGCCGAGUGUCAGGAAGUGAAGACCUUAGUGCCACAGUGCAGUGAGGAAACGGCUGAUGGUGACAUUGACCUUGAUUUAGAGGUCACGAAACAAGAACUGGCAGAGCAGCAGAAAGCCAGUAAACAGGAGCUUGCUGAUCUGGAGGCGGAGUUCUGUACCCCUACCAGUAGUACAGAUAGCAGUCCCACACACACUGCCACCAAUGUUCUGGAGGACGACAAUGCCAUGAGCUACCUAAACACCCUGGACAUGUCCCCAUCCCGCAGGGUUGGUGUAUCCAACAUCUCCCCCACCCCCAGGGCUGUCAGCCGGGCAGAGAUCCAGGACCAUCACACAGGUCCCAUCCCUGACUCCCACAGGACACCCGUUUCUGAUGUUGACUAUGCAUAUACCAUGGAUGACCUUGACCUUCUGCCAAUCAAGGAAGAGCUGGUCAAGUGUGUUGGUGAGGAUGAGGAUAUUCGCCCUGUGAAAGACACAUGUGGUGUUGAGGUGUACAGUAAAGAUUUAGAAGAAGAAGAGGACAGUUCUGCCUUACCUGAUAACAAAACGAAUCGUCCUAUAGAAGUAGAUGAAGAAACUGCUAAACACUUAAGUUCCCUUGUGGACAACAUGACUUCUAAAAUGUUGGAAAGUUCAAUGCUUGCUAAACAAAAAAGUCAUGGUAAAUCUGAAAAUGAUGCUGAUGACUCGGACACUGAGAUAUAUCAACCAGAAGCUGAUUCCAAUUUGAGUGACAGUCGAGCGUCGACACCAAGUUGUGAUGAACCUCUACUCAAUGACAGUGAACAGACAAUGCAGGAUAACCCUGUCGACAUAGAGGUGUGAGUUCCAGUGAUCAGUCAGUCCAGUUUGAGUCCCUUGGUCAGUCAGUCCAGUUUGAGUCCAUUGGUCAGUCAGUCCAGUUUGAGUCCCUUGGUCAGUCAGUCCUGUUUAAGUCCCUUGGUCAGUCAGUCCAGUUUAAGUCCCUUGGUCAGACAGUCCAGUAUCUCAGUCGGAUUGUCCUGUUUGAGUACAUUGGUCAGGCAGUGGCUGUUUACAUAUAUAGUUCAAUUGAUUCUAACUAGAUUUAAGCUUAUUGCUCUGAAAACCAUUUUGACAUUGUAAAAUCUGCAACAUACAAAGCUAGCUCUUUUAAUGCAUUUUUACCUGAUCUAAUACAACAUUCCACCAGUACAAGGAGUGCCAUAGUAAUAAUAUAUUUUACAAAUAUAUCAUGGGAGUCUGUGCGAUAGUCCAGUAUAUUUGACCCUCGGUACUGGUAAUUGACUGAAGUUCUAUUACACUCGGUCCUUUGCCCCGAUUACCACUCCCUAGGGUCAAAUAUUCUAAACUAUUGCACAGACACCCAUGAUAUACUUAUUUUAUUACAUAAUCACUGAAACACGUUUAGAAUCACUGAAAUCUUGGCUUUCCUGUAGGCCUAAAAGUCACCAUGACUGUCGUCUGGCAUUGUUGACAUCUGAGUGACUUAGACGCUUGAAAGGGUAGGACCAAAUUCCGAAACGUCACAGGUGUUGAAUAGUUUGCACAUGACAACGCAACAGUCAUUUUAGCUGUGCAAUAGUUCAAAAUAUAGCUCAUACAUAUAGUUAAAAAAUCAAAUGCGUUAUGUAAUAAAAACUAAUAUUGAGACCCUAGGGCUGUGACUAACAUCUAAAACCAGUACUUAUUGGCCAGUUGGGGACCAAUACUGAUUAUUUGUUACCAACACAAUUGAUUCAUGUACAACUCUAUAAACUGUCUGAAAAGUUGGAGGAAAUCUCAUCAAACAGUGUUCAUAAAAUUAUAUAUCUUUAUUGAUUUUUUGUGUGGAAAUCUCAAAGCAUGUGGUCCACAUGUUCUUAGAAUUUAGAUUUUGAUAUAGGCAUGGUCUGGACUCUCUCUAUUGAAUAGCUGCCAUGUGGUUGUAAGGCCAUUGUUAAAUGAGAUGUACUGUCAGUAUACUAUCAGUGUUCAAUCAGUGUACUGUCAGUGUACUAUCAUAGUACUGUCAGUGUACUAUCAUUGUACUGUCAGUGUACUGUCAGUGUACAGUCAGUGUAUUAUCAGUGUACUGUCAGUGUACUGUCAGUGUACUAUCAGUGUACUGUCAGUGUAUUAUCAGUGUACUAUCAGUACUGUCAGUGUACUGUCAGUGUACUAUCAGUGUACUGUCAGUGUACUGUCAGUGUACUGUCAAUGUACUGUCAAUGUACUAUCAGUGUACUGUCAGUGUACAGUCAGUGUAUUGUCAAUGUACUGUCAAUGUACUGUCAGUGUACCGUCAGUGUAUUGUCAGUGUACUGUCAGUGUACUAUCAGUGUACUAUCAGUGUACUAUCAGUGUACUGUCAGUGUACUGUCAGUGUACUGUCAGUGUAUUGUCAGUGUACUAUCAGUGUACUAUUAGUGUCCUAUCAAGCCCAAUUCUUUGAUCUCUGAUUUGCACAUGGUGAUUCUUGUCUUGAUUCACCUUUUUGUCUCAUUUUUUUACCAGAUCUCCAUUUGAUGUGGUUAUUUUACAUCAUUGAAGUUUGUAUGUGAAUUUUUAAGCUAAUUAACCUGCCUGAAAGCAAAUGAGCUACGUUUUUUGUACAUGGUGUCAUGCCAUGGAGUGUCUAAUAACCUCUUCUCAUAGCCAAGGUGCCACAGUGAAAGUCUAUCAAAUUUGGUCAUAUGAAUGGCUCACCCAAAAUAACUUCUAAAUAACCAGGAGGUCUACUGUCAUUACUUAGGACUGGGGCAUGCUGGGAUUGGAGUUGAGAUACAAGGAUAAGUGUAUUUUGGCAUCCAUUAGACAAACUUUAAAGGUGGUUAAGGUAAUACAUACAUAAUCAGACAAGUAUCCAUAAUAGAUGUACAGAUACCUAUAUAUAUGAAUGUAGUGUAUGGAGUGAAUGAUGUCUGUAAUCAACUUGUGGAGAGUGAUACAGUCCCAAUAGGCCUCUUGUUUUUAAUGUGUACUACUGUUUAAUGUGACAUUAUGUGGCAUAAAUGCCAAGUUACAUUGUAUACUGAUUUAGUUAUUAUACCUAUGAUAUGUACUAGUAUAUUUUUGUUGUUAUUUAUAUAUGAUCUGUUUUGAAAAGUUUUUUUUCUUUUAUUUAUAAUUUCUUGUUAAUAUAUCAUAAUUCAAAUUCUGCCAUUUAUUUCUGCAUAUAUAAUUAUAUAAAAAGCAUUCCAUUACAACAUCUUUAGUGGCCUUUUGGCUAUACACAAAUAUGUAUAAUCACUGAAAUCCAACCUUGCUAUUAGUCUCUGGUUUACAUACGAUAUAAUUGUAUAUCUUGUUCCCUAUGCUCUAUAUCUAUCUAUACACUUUCUGUGCCCUCUCCACACACUCCCCAUGCUCUCACCAUGCCCACAUACAUUCCACAUGCCCUUUUAUAACUCCCCAUACUCCGAUAUUCCCGACCAAUCUACUGUGUGGUGUACAUGUGAACUGCAUGAGAUACAUCCAGAAUUGUCCCUUGAUGAAUAUUUUAUUUUUGUACGACCCCUUUUGAUGGUUGGUAGUGUUUGGGUCCUUUAGUUAUGUAAUUUACUAUGAAACAUCUGUUAAAAUGUUUAAUUUUAAUAAGAGUAUGUAGUUUUGAGUAUCUAGUUAUAUGUACACAAACCUGAUUAUUGUACAAAUCUCAGAAUCAGAAGAAAGGUAUUUUAAAGAUGUUGUCGUGGUAAAUAAUUGAAUAAGAGGCUAUUAUUUGACCUAUUUCCAAGUUUAAUUGUGGAAUUGUCAUGUUGAUGUUAGAUUGAUUGUCCACAAGAUAUUUGAUUUUGUAAUUUUUGUUUUCACUAUUGGUUUUUGAAUUAUCCACAAAAUCCAAAACAGAUAUACAAGGGAGCAUUGUCUCCCUUGGACUUUCAGGAAUAAGGAAGUCUAUGCAAUGUGUGGCCAUGGUAACUGUUGUCUGUUAUACUUUGUUUAUCUGUUGUUUUUGUUAUUAUUAUUAUUGUAAAUACAAUUCCUUUAUUACAUUUUAUUUUUUUAUUAUAAUAUUGUAUUAGAGUUAACGAUAUGGAAAAUCCUCUUUCUAUCAAAAUGUCUUAGUUUCCUUCUGGAAUAUACGGACUAUAGUCAUUUGCUUCUGAAAUAUUCAAUAGUAGAAGAUCUAUUCAAUCAAAUUAAAAUUAGAUGUUUGAACGAAGUUUAUUGAGUGGAUAAUGAACCUCUAAUUAGAUUGAUAUUUAUUUAUUCUGACAUAAUUCGUCUAGAUUAUGCAUUUACAUUUGAUGUUGUGAUGGGCUGUUUAGAUAUUUAAUGUUUAGUUGAGCUGUGGUUCUGAGCGUCUUCCAGUCUUCAGAUGUAUGAUGUACAAUUGGUCAGGAGAGAGUAACGACAGACCUAGUCUUUGUUAUCGUGUUAUACAAUGUUAUCACAGGUUGUGGUUUAUAUAUAUACAUGUAUACAUUAUAUAUCAGUUGAAAUUUCCUAUUUUUAAAUUCUGGUAUUUGAGAAUAUAUCUAGAAUGUAAAAGUGAUAUCAAAGCAGAGAGUCACCAAAUAACAGGUGGCGUAGAAUCAUAACCAACAGGAGUCGAAACUAAUUCUGCUCAGAAGUCAGGAGUUACAUUUUGUCCAAAUUCAUGUUCAUUACAAUUUUUUUUUUCGUUUGUAUACACUCACUGACAUUUGGAGAGUGACAGCAAUACCUAACACAAGUGUGAAGAUUAUAUUCUGCUAAAUCUGGAGAAAUGACACCAGCACUCCAAACUCAUUUGUGGUCAAUGAAAGUAGGUGCUGCACAUGCAGUGUCAUAAAUCAUAAUUGUAUAUGGGCUGGUAGGUGUAUGUAAGAUUUGUCACCAUGAAGACCACAUCACUGAAGUUAUGAAAUUCCAAAGAAUCUCGGUUCCAAAGUUACAACUGUGCAAUAACUGAAGUUUACUAAAUAAAAUGUUUGACACCACAAUAA